AUGGACCCUGCGCUUGGGGAUCUAUUUUCCCUUCAACCCCAGUUGUGCAGCUUGGAACAUGUUACUAGAACAAGUGCCAGGCUACGCAACGUCCAGCCUGAUGUUAAUCUGGAUCAAAGCUACGAGGCCUUGAAAAGGCAGAAGAAAAAUGCUGAUGCUGCUCAUGCUGCUUCAACAGCAGAAGAUAAAUCACGGCAUCAGGAUUCAGUGCAGGCAAAGCUGCCAGAGGAAGCCGGGGCAGAUGAUAUGAAUCCAGACAGACCUGAGUCCUCUUCAGCCGAUGACAGUCGACAUGAAACUUCAGGAGGAGAAGCUUCUGGUCAUACCGAAGGGAGUGGAUCCCAAGAUGUUACAAUGUCAGAAGCCGAAGUAUCAAGCCACGUGGAUUACUUCAGGCGGCUUUUCGUGGAGCGCACUGAAAAUUAUGGCAUUCCAUUGCUUGAAAGGCUCUACACUCGUACAAUGAAGGGAAUCUUCGAAACCAAGAACAAAGGAGUCGAAGAUGGCCGCAGAUACUCAAUUUUGAGGUUUUUGGUGAAAUUUGCAGAGAACACUGCAAACUUCUGAACUCAAUACCUUUUUCCCAUAAAACAGAGGAU